AUGAAGGUAUGGCUUAUUGUCCAUCAGAGAAUCCACACUGGAGAGAAGAAACCUUUGGAAUGUAAUCAGUGUGGAAAGGCUAUUUGGUAUUCACAUCUUACUCUACAUGCCGUGGUGGAGACAGCGGAGGAGGCCACGGAGCCCGCCGAGGCGGACAUCACGGGGCUGUGCCAGGACAUGUUCUCCAAAAUGGCCACGUACCUGACGGGCGAGCUCACAGCUACCAGUGAAGACUAUAAACUUCUGGAAAAUAUGAACAAACUGACUAGCUUGAAGUAUCUAGAAAUGAAAGAUAUUGCAGUAAACAUAAGUAGAAACCUAAAGGACUUAAACCAGAAAUAUGCAGCACUUCAGCCUUAUCUGGAUCAGAUCACUCUAAUUGAGGAGCAAGUAGCAGCUCUUGAGCAGGCAGCUUACAAAUUGGAUGCAUAUUCAAAGAAACUAGAAGCAAAGUACAAGAAGUUAGAGAGGCGAUGA